UUUCCGAGAAGAGGGUUGCAGGGGAUGACUAACUGAGUAGAGAGACAGUUUAGCUUUAAGAGUGAUUCCUCCCGCCCCCUUCUCUCACCAUCCCUGUUAUUAUAAUUCCCUUCUGUUCUGAGACCCGGCACAGCUGAUUUUUUUAGAGAAAGCGGCAGUUUAAUUUUUUUUUAUUUCUCCGUCGAAUAGACAACAUCUGGGUCACCUCUCGUUGGAAGCACUAUCUGUAUUCACCCGCAAUAAGAUGUCGACAGAAAAACAAGCCUUACAGGAUGGAGGACACCAAACUCCCAUGUCACCUCCGCCUUACCCAGUGCAGGAGGCCCCAACAAACAGCACAUCGCCAGCCUAUUCCAUGCCAAUGCACACUUCCAUAAUGACACUGGGCACAGAAGGCUUCAUCCAGGAGACACAGUUUAAUGGCACAUCGCAAGGAUACCCCAUACCCGCGAACCAUCCAGCAGGACCGAUGGGGUCAGCAGGGUACGGUCACCAAGGCUACCCCAUGCAGUACCAGCCCUGUGCUGCCUACGUACCGGUUUAUCCAAUGACAAAUAAUGUGGGGUUGUAUCUCCCAGGAAACAACGGAGUCGUGUCAGGUGGCCAGCAGAUGCCAGCAAACGUCACCGUUGUGAACCCUCCACGACCCCCUCACGAUUACUUACCCAUCGCAGUGUUGACUACAGUAUGCUGUUUCUGGCCAACUGGGAUUUUUGCCAUAUUCAAAGCUGUACAGGUACGGGCUGCCAUCGCACGGGGGGACAUGGUGUCGGCGGAGAUUGCCUCCCGCGAAGCCCGGAAUUUCUCCUUCAUCAGUCUCGCUGUGGGCAUUGCCUCUAUGGUCCUCUGUGCCAUUCUGACAGUGGUCAUUGUCAUUGCUGCCCAGCACCAUGAUGACGAGUGGGAUCCUUAACCAGUCACGGACAGGCUCAGCAAGGCCUGAGGCCUUCUGCACACUUCAGGUGUCACCACACAGGAACUCCAUGACAAAGCCUCACAACCCACCUCCUCCCGAUCCUGUCCCAACUAGACCCCCACUCCCCAGCCCUGCUUCCAACCCCACCUCUGUGUCUUCAGCUCGCACUACACUCUUAGUCUGCAGACAUUACGCCUCCACCCAAACCUACUUGACACCAUGAACAGUUAAUCAUUUCAGCCCAAAUAAUAGCCUUGUAUUUUACCUCCAUUGAUUCUCUACAUCGAUAAAGGGACUGAGAAUGUUUUGUGCAAUUGGUUAAAUGUGUUAUGUUUGAAUACGGGCAGAUACUGUCCAUUUAAAAUGACUGGAUCAGGCAGUAACUUGUAUAGAUCCUUCCUCUGGGCACUUUCUGGGGGCAGAAUGAAGUGGUUGAAGGGGCAAGGAAGCUGAUCAGUGGAUAAGAAAUCAGGAAAUCGGCCUCAUUUGAUGAAUUUGAAAUUGAGUAAAAAGGAUAAAUGGAUCUCAUAAAUGGUCUUGCACUGAGAAUUAGAGGGUGAAUCAGGUAUGAUCUUCCUGAAUGGCUUGAGGGACUGUAAUCACCUCUUCUAGCUCCUGUUUCUCAUGUUCUUUGUAAAUUCUCCUUAGCCCCACUCUCUCUUUAUAGACAGAUGGCUGGUGGUGGUUUCACCUCAGGGUCAUCAUGCCUUGGGUAAGGGAGUGAGCUUGAGAAGGUGGCAGCUUCAUGGUAACCUCUGUUGGUAUGAAAAUUGAGCCCACACUAUUGGCAUCACUCUACAUCGUAAACCAACCAUCCAGCCAAUAAACCUUCAUCCUGUGUUCUGCAUCUUUCGGCUUAAAAUGUGAUAUUUGUACUUCUAUACCCUCAUUUAAACUUUAGGUGACAUUAUCAAACAGAUGAUACUGGAUUAGUCACUUGUUAAUACAUCUUUCUUCCUGACUUCCCUCUCUAUUGAAGUUAGUGAGCCCUGUAUGCCCUUUGUGUGCUAGUGCUCACAAUUAAAACUGGUGUGCCAAAUCUGACCCUGCAAUUUACUUUGAUAUUAGUCCCUGCUGUGUUACAAAUUUGUCUCAGAAAUAUACCCAGCUGACAGAUAAUAAUUAAUCAAUGAUUUUAAUCAGUGAUCCAAAGCAAAAACAAUUCCUGUGUAGGUGCAGAAAUGUUUCUCCUCUCAACAGCAGGUGGUACUGUUGUGCUUUAGAAUCAUUCAUGAAUACUUCAGAGCAAAAGCUGCCUGGGUGUGAGCAGAGUCAUUUGGGGUAAAACAGACCCUCAGCUGGUGCCAACCAGCACGCAGUGUCAAAAUUUAUUCCAAUCCUGCUGUCAGCAAUUUACGUCAAGAGAUCUCAGACAAUAUUAUUAGUAGAAUUUGCAUGUGAUGUAGGAGGAAAUCAGUGUAAACAAUCGGGCCCCAAUGAAACUUGAACAUAAUUCCUCUCUGGGUGAAAAUUUAAAAUUUGCAGCUACCAAACAUCCCUUCAUGCAUUUUAGGCAAACAUUUAAAAACCUUUGUUAAGGAAACCUUCCAAUUUUGAACAUCUCUCAUUCUGAUGCCAUCCAAAUGUUUUCGGAUUCCUGAGAAUACAGUUUGGAUUUCAGAUGGGGAGAAAUAAAGACAUAAGUCAACUUACAGCAAACUGACUUCAGAAACUUAAGAAGUAUGUCUUUGGUCCUCAUUCAGAACCUGGGAAUUUCAGUGUGAUAUAAAAUAGAUGUUAGCCAUUUAGGCCCAAAUUCCUGUGAACCUUUGUGCUGCAAACAGCAUUUCAUCACAGUAGGACACAUUGGCACAAGUUGUUUUGAACGUUCCAAGGCCUAUGUUUAUUUCUGAGUACAGUUGGUUCCUAAUCCUGCAGCCUUGUUACUAGGCCUUCGCUGGACCAGAGAAUUUGCCAAAUCGUGGGGAGGUCAUGUGUCAGAGUUGGCUUUUCAAACAUCUUUAGAAAGCGCAGUGCAAUAUAAAGGGAAACGAAAAGCAGUUAUUUUGGAGAAUAAAGAUGACAUAUUUAGAGUUAAAACUGUAGAGUUAAACAUGGAGUUUAGAAGCGUCAACAUUGACUUGAUUGAAACAUAGAAGAUCCUGAGGGGACUUGACCAGUUAGAUGUAGAAAAGAUGCUUUCUCUUGUGGGAGACUCUACAACGAGGGAUCAUCGUUUAAAAACAAGGGCGUGCCCAUUUUAAAAUAGAGAAAGGUGUUUUUUCUCAGAAGAUUCUGAGUGUAGAAUUCCCUUCUUCAAAAGGCAGUGCAUGCAGAAUCUUUAAAUAUUUUAAAGGUGGAGGGUAAUAGAUUCUUAAUGACCAAGGGAAUGAAAGAUUACGAGGAUAUGCUGACAUGUAGAGUUGAGGUUAAAAUCAGAUCAGCCACAAUCUCACUGAAUGGUGGAGCAGGCUCCAAGGACCAAGUAACCUAUUUUCACUCCUUGUUUAUAUGUUUGUAUCUCGUUACCUGUCAGUACAUUUCCAGCAUUUUGUCAGUGUUGCAGUCUCUAUGGUGCUCACAAUCCUUCUGCUUAAUGUUAAGUAUAGACGGAGCGUAAAUCCUGAGGGUGCUGGAAGGAGAGCAGAUAAUGGAACACAGACGUUAUCAACCUGAGAAAAUUGGAUUAGGAUGGUACAACUUGUACAAAGCUUUCUUUUUAUACAAGGCCUCAAACCAGGUCUUGAUAUGAUUCAACUAUGAGAACCAGUAGGAACACCACCUGAUGCUGCAAUAAACCAGCUGACUGUAACAGAGAGCAAGGCUUCUGAUAAGUCUCAGAUGCAUCUUGGAUUUUGAAGAAAGACAGCCUUCAUCCAGAAAACUCGACAUGGAGUAUCGGCAUAGGAAAAUACCUGUCCUAGGCCACUGUGCUGUGUCACUGUUCAAGCCCCAUCUCCUACUCAGGCAGGAUAUAUUCCUGAAGGUUUCACCACUCACCUCUAAACUCCACCCAUCAGUCACACAGUCACUUUCUCCAACCUGCUCCCAUCCCCUCCCCACACAUCCCCGUCAUCCCCCACCACUAUCUGUAAUAUCUUAUAAACUAAUAAACAAAGGCAAACGUUUGAAGAGAAGUCUGCUACCCAGAAGGAGAAACCAGUACAGUGUGUUUGUGACAUACACUGGUCUGAAUCUUUUUAUAAACUUCAAAAAGGACAUUCACUGAAUGUUCACUUCCAAGUUUUACACGGUUUUUCUAACCAUUCUUUGUUUCCCCGGGAUAUACCAUCACAAUUCCCUCAGGAAUCUUAGCUUCAGGCAGAGUCCCACAGAUUAACUUUCAAAAAUCUGGAAUUAAGUGUCUAAUGACCAUGAAACCAUUGCCAACUGUCAGAAACCAAUGUCCUUAAAGGAAGGUAACUGCCAUCCUUAUCUGGUCUGGACUACAUGUGACUCCAGAUCCACAGCAAUGUGGUUGGCUGUUAACCAGCCUCUGGGAUGGGCAAUAAGUGCCAACCUAGCCAGUGAUGCCAUUGUCCCGUGAAUGAAUUUUAAAAAAUUCCUUGAAACUCCCAGUUAAUCCUGGAAUGUGGGGUUGAAAUUGCAGGUUACCAGCUCAUCCCCCAAAGGCAAUAAUUGUAUGCUCCCCAGUUCAUUUUGUUUUCUUGUGGGAGCUGCUGACUGACACAGUGACACAGGUAUCUUUGAUCAUGUUAGAAAGUGAAGGUAGGGGUGAAGGAGGGAAGAUGGGAGCAUUUAUUCCCAUUCUCAUUGAAUGAUGGGAAGCUCUGCCUGCUUUUCUCAAACUGUUACCAAUAGCUGAAGGGCAGUUCAGUGGGAGUCUUCAUAAGGGAAUUCGAUCCAUACUUGGAAGCAUUACAGGUCUGAAGGGGGGAGAAAAGUGGGAAAUGGGACAAACUGGAGUGCUCUUCUUUCAAGCUGGUGAACAGACAAUGCGUCAAAUAGCAUCCAUCUGCGCAUUACUGUAUGUUUUUUAUAAAUGUACUUAUAUUCUAGGGCUAUUGGGUAGGCCACUUAGGACUGAAAUGAAGAGAAAUUUCUUCACCAAGGCAAAGGUGAGUCUGUGCAAUUCUCUGCCACAGAAAGCCGUUGAGGCCAAAACAUAGAAUGUUUUCAAGAAGGAGAAAGUUAUAAUUCUUAGGGCUAAAGGGAUCAAAAGGAUGUGGGGAGACUGAGUUGGAUGAUCAGCCAAAUCGAACUGAGCCGUGGAGCAGGCUUGAAGGGCUGAACGGCCAACAUCUGUUCCUUUGUUCUACGUUUCUAUGUUCCAAUGUAUUCAGUAUCACCACUGGUCCCCCACCUCUUUUCUUCUGACAGAUAAAACUAGAUCAUUUAGCACAAAUUAGGGUUUCAGAUAAGGCUUCCUGUGGUACUGGAGUUGUAUAUUGCAAUAUGAAGUGCGAGUUUUGACAUCAGAUAAGCCUCUGAAUGUGCUAACAUGUCCAUCAGUCAGAAAGUGAUGCCCAGAAGGAUUGGGGUAGUGUGGUGGCUCCAUGGUUACAACUGCUGUCUCACAGCACCAGGGAACCUGGGUUCAAUUCCAGUUCAGUACUCAGGUGACUAUCUGUAUAGAACUUGCACAUUCUCCCUGCAUCUGCCUUGGUUUGCUCAGGUUUUCUCCCACAGUCCAAACAGGUGUAAGCUAAGCAGAUUGGUUAUGCUAAAUCACCCAUAGUGUGAAGGGAUGUGCGGGCUAGGUGAAUUAGCCAUGGGAAAUACAAGGUCAUUUGGAUAGGGUAAGGGGCAGGGUUUGAGUGGGAUGCUCUUUGGAGCAUCACUGUGGAGUCGAUGACCUGAAUGGCCUGCUUCCACACUAUGGUGAUUCUAUGAUUCCAGGAUACAUCAACAGCAGAAAGGGCUGAACUAAUCAGUUAUUUUAUUGAUCCCUCCUGUUUCUGCGUCCCUCGACCUGAGCUUUUUUUGAUGGUAUCUGUCUGUAUUUAUUUCUUGGCAUUCCAUUAUUGUUGAUGAUAUUUAUUUUUAUCUUACUCUAAGUGAUCAAGCAUGUCGAGCUGGCACAGUGCCUUUUAGGUGCCCUCAUCCUGUGAGUGGGUACACAGCAGGUUUGUGCUAUUUGCUGAGGGGGCAGAGUGGUUUGACAUGACAAGCCAAAGGGCUGAGGUAGUCUUCCUUAACUCUUUGAAUGCUGAAUGUACCUCCUAAUGGGAAACACAAGGCAAGACAUGGCUGCUUUCCUAGCAAAAAGCAAAUUAUUGAACUGGUUAAUUCCCUGACAGUGAGACACAUACAGUAGAUUACUUUGACAAACAUAGGCUCCAUCCAUUCCCAGGUACUCAAAAGGUUAAUAGUCACCGGUUACCACAGAUUGUCAGCUUGCAAUCAACAUAUUCUUUCCCUCCCUUUUGGUAGGCAAACAAAAAAGUGAUAUCUAAAUACCGGUGAGGGAAUCUUUUCUUGAAACUUUGCAAUAAAUUAUUGCUUUCAAAGUGUUUCUUUUGUCUCAGUGUAAUAAACAUGACCUGUUGAAAAUUCCACCUUUUUUUAUAAAAAAAUAAUUGUGGUACUUUGCACACCUUUGUUCUUUGUUGUGAGAAUCGCUGGUCACUUGUUGCCCAGUUUCCGAGGGAAGGUGCAAUGGUUAAUGUAUAGCUCCAGUAGUUGAGAAUAAUUUACUGCGCCAUUCCAAAUUGUAAUUCAGCUUUAACCAUAUUGCUGUAGGUUUGGGUCAUAUACAGGCUAGACAGGGUAGGGACAGAAAAUGUUCUCCACUAAGAGACAUUAAGCAACAUCUCUGUGGGGAGAGAAACAAAGUCAGCUUUUUAAGUCUAAUGUAGCACUUUUUCGAACUAACACCAUACUCCUUACUACUUCACACUCAAAUUGCAGUUAUUGGUGUGACUUCUAUUCCAUUCACUUCUUAGCUUAGCUAGAAUUCUGUAAGUUUCAAUUCGAUACCAGCCUUAUCCUUCUAAACUCCAAUGAGUACAGAACCAGAGUCCUCAAAUGUCCCUUACGUUUUCAGUCCUUAAUUCCUGAGAUCAUUCUUGUGAAUCACCUCUGGACCUGCUCCAGGGCCAGCACAUCCUUCCUGAGAUAUGGGGCCUAAAAUUGCUCACAUUAUUCUAAAUGUGGUCUGACCAGAGCCUUAUAAAGCCUAGAAGUGCGUCCCUAUUUCUGUGCUUUAGUCCUCUCGAAAUAAAUGCCAACAUUGUAUUAACCUUCCGAACCACCGAUUCAACCUGCAAGGUUACUUUAAAAGAAUUCUGGACUAAAACUUCCAAGUCCCUUUGCACUUCAGAUUUCUGAACUUUCUUCCCACUUAGAAAAUAGUCUAUGCCACUAUUACUCCUACCAAAGCAUAUGACCUCACACUUUCCCAUAUCGUAUUCCUUCUCUGCCACCUCUCCUAACCUGUCUGAAUCCUUCUGCAGUCUCCCUGCCUCCUCAAUACUACCUGUCCUUCCAGCUUUAUAUUGUUGAUGCAUCUACCUGACAUAUCCCGUAUGUUAAAAAGAAGUGCUACUGUAGCCAGGGGAUUAAAGGGUCCAUGGGUCAUUUUCCUCCUUUUUUAAAAAUAAUGACUUAGAGAGAUGAGUUGCAUUUUGUAUAGCACCUUGAGACCUCAAGCUGUCCCAACGUACUUUAAAGACAGCUUUACUUUUGAGGCGUUGCAAUAUUGGAAACACAGCAGCUAACGUCUGCACAGUAAAUUCACACAAACAGCAAUAUGAAAAUGGAUAGACAAUUUGUUUUCUUGAUAAUGUUUAUUAAGGAAUAGACCCUGCCUCAGGACACCAAGGGAAUAUCCCUCUGUUCCUUUUUAAAAUGGUGUCUGUCUGAUCAUCCUCACUCACUGAGAGAAGACAGAUAGAGGCUUGGUUUAACAGCUCAUCUGGAAGCUGGAUUUGUACUGCUGGUGUAGAACCUUGUGUGCUGACAGGAUGAGACCAGCCUGAUUUCUCAAUGUAUGCUUUUCAGGACUCAGACUCCACAUGCAAUGCAUAUGAUCCUACCACACUCUCUCCUCUGCAUGAGAUUUGCUUCCAGGAUUUCCCAGCUGUCUGUUUAUCAUGCCAAUGCCAGAUAUUGUGGUUUUGCAAAAUGGGAUUUGGGAAUGUUCCAUCAGCCACCGCCUGGCUCUUGAAGAAAGAUAUUAGCAGCACUGUCUGAUAGGGUGUCUUGUGAUGUAAUUACAGGUCAAAGAUGGUCUAUAAAUGCAAUUGUUGUUACUGAUGACAAGAAAUCACUUUUCCCGCCAGCUUGCUUUCAUCUCUGUUUUCCUGCUCAGGAGGAAGUAUAACUUUGGAAGGAACUCCAGUUUGUUAUCUACCCCUUACAAAGUGGAAUAUCACCUCAAUAACAACUCACCGUGCCCAAUCUAUCUCCUGGAGUCUCAUGGUCAGGCAUAGCACUACUCUGUAGGCAUUUUACAGGAAGGCCCACUGGAUAACAACCAGAAGUGUGAAUGCUGUCC